AUGAUCGAUGCAAUUAGGGCAAAGAGGGAGAGAUUACGACAAUCACGGGCUGCUGCCCCUGAUUACAUAACAUUGGAUGGAGGGAGUAAUCAUCAUGAAGCUGAAGCUCAGACUACAUCUGCCAACAAAUGCUCCCCUCACUAUAUAAUUUUCUCACAUGGAAGAGGAGGAAAUGAUAAAGGUGUUAUGAAUAAGUGUCCGGUUAAAGAGAGACAUGAUCCCCAUGGUCGGCUCUCUAUGAGUACUCGUCCAUGGGAUCAUCCCCCACCUCCAGAACGCGAAUUCUUCCGUAAAGAGCAACGAAAUAAGUGUCCGGUUAAAGAGAGACAUGAUCCCCAUGGUCGGCUCUCUACGAGUACUCGUCCAUGGGAUCAUCCCCCACCUCCAGAACGCGAAUUCUUCCGUAAAGAGCAACGAAAUAGAGAUGGAGAACGUCAUGAUGCCAGUAAAAAAAGAAGAGUUAAUGAACCGCCACAUUCACCACUUCCUUCUGAUGAAGUUGUUGCCGGAGUUAUAACCUCCUCUCCCGAAACUGAUUUCAAGAGUAUUAGCACCGCUGUUGAGAACGUGCAUUCAGAAGUUGUAUCUUUACGUAAGGAUAUUCAUGGCUUUAUGUCUAUGAUCAAAGCUUUUCAGCAUAUCCCUUUUGAUUCAUCACAUCAGGAUUGAGAAAACAUUAAUAAGUUAGAUCCUACUUCACAAGUGAUCAAGCCUUUUGGUACUCAACCUGAUCCAGCUAGUGCCACUACUACAAAUGUUGCUUAGAAAUCUUUUGUUGAUGGGGACAGUACACAUGUCCCUUUUCUUACUUGUUAUUACAACUAAUGUUGUUUUCAUGGAUGCGGUAUACAAAUAUUGUUGGUUACCUCUUUUAGAGUUCUCCCAAAUCCUUUUAUUUUCUUUCAGAAUAAUAUUCACUGAGUUGGCUCA